AGCCGCAGGUAAUGACGACUUUCUGAUCGGAUCGUUUUCUAUUGCAAGUCAUUCGGCUCUUGUUCAAAGUGAGAGUAUACUCUACGCCGCACGAAGAGGAUGCGCCGAUAGCAGAGCGAUUGCCACCCCACAAUCUCCCGAAAACCAGCAUCGGACAUCGCGGCAAACAUGUCCAAACUAUGGGCCAUCGCCGAUAUUCAUCUAUCCUUCAAGUCUAAUAGGGACGAAUGGGCAAAGCUGAGGCAUAGAAGCGAGGAUGGACUGAUUCUGGCCGGCGAUGUCGGAGAGUCCUUGGAGCAUAUGCAACUGGCAUUCCGGAAAGCCACGCGGAGGUUCAAGCAUGUCUUCUGGGUCCCCGGAAACCACGAACUAUACACCAGUGUCUCUCCUUCCAUGAGAGAAGAGGAGAAGAAGCUACGUGGCGAAGCCAAGUAUCAGGCUUGUGUGAAAAUUGCAAAGCAUUAUGGAGUUCUGACGCCGGCAGAUGAUUACAUGACCUGGGAUUAUGAGAAAGAAGAUGGGUCGAAUGGACAGGCCCUCAUUUGCCCAAUUUUCACCUUGUACGACUAUUCGUUUCGCCCUGCUGAUGUUCCGCGAGAAAAGGCACUAGAGUGGGCGCUGGAGGAAGGUAUUCAAGCCACGGACGAGAAACUGCUGCAUCCGGAUCCGUAUGCCACUCGUGACGCGUGGUGCACUCGACUCGUCUCGGAAGCUGAAAAGAAACUGGAGAAAGCUGCGGCGUCUGGCCUACCCUUGGUCCUGAUCAACCACUGGCCUUUACGCGAGGAUACUGUGUAUAUUCCAAGAGUACCUCGCUUCAGCAUAUGGUGCGGCACGAAAGAGACCAACGACUGGCACACUCGGUUCAAUGCGAAGGUUGUUGUGACUGGACAUCUUCAUGUCAGAAGAACUGAUUGGAUUGAUGGAGUGCGCUUCGAGGAAGUGUCCUUGGGAUAUCCACGGCAGUGGGAAGAAGCUAAAAACGCUGGAAAUGAUAUCAACACCAUGAUGCGAGAGAUCUUGCCUGGUCCUCCUACCCCAGAGGCGGGCAAGGAACCUUCAACGGAAUUCCUGAGACUAGGCGUUGGGCAGAAACAAUGCAUAUGAAAGCUUUCGCGAUCGCUCUAUGUCCUGGCUGCAGACCCCGGUAGAUUCGAAUCGUAUGCGCACGCCGAACCCGGUUCUUGUUAUACGAAGCAUCCUCAACUCUAUAAUCACCACCAAGCGGAAGCAAAUAUCGUAAGGCCUUAUCGUUCUGUCCUCCGUCCGUCGCCGUACUUCGCCGGGCCGUUCUCCUGUUGCUAGUGUCGCAGCAUCCUGUCUACCAUUCCCAUG